GCAACAAGUUACGGUCGCUGUCUGCGCGGAUAUACGGCAAAAUUUCGACGUGAGAUACUGUCGAGACUUCUAAUACUACAAUUUGGAGCCACGGAGCGAGUUUAGUGCUGCGAGGCCCGCGGGCGGGCGAGAUACAGCCUCUACACGCAAGCCUGUGAGCCGGCCUGCAAAUGCGCGCGCUAGCCUAGGAGCGAUCAAAAAUCGCCGCUGGCGACGCUGUACAAGCCCAUGCCUCGCCCUGCGCGAGCGGGUGCUGCGUCGGCCGCAUCUUGGCUCCGCGGGCGGGCGCCGGCCGCGGCGGUCGCCGAGAGGCCCAGAGAGUGCACCCACGACGCAGAGAGACGAAGCCGACCGCGAGGACAACCGACCGAGAGUUACCCGCCCGCCCCCUCGCAGAAACGGAACGAUGCAGAAGAUCGUCGCUGCCCUCGCGCUCACGGGCGCCGCGGCGUUCGUCGCCCCGGUGGCGCCGGCCGCGGGCACGGCCUUGAACGGCAAGGAAGAGAUGGUCGCCCUCGCCGAGUCGAACCCCGACCUCCUCGGCCGGACCAUCGGCUUUUGGGAUCCGUUCAACCUCAUCGCCGAGGGCGACUUCUGGGGCCUCGGCAACGAGGCGACCAUCGGCUACCUGCGCCACGCCGAGAUCAAGCACGGCCGCGUCGCCAUGGCCGCGUUCCUCGGCUUCAUCGUCCAGUCGCUCCCGGUCGUGUCGGGCGAGCACUGGUUCGCGCCGUACCGCGGCUACGUCGCCGGCGUGAGCCCCCAGGAACAAUGGGACAACGUCCCGGCCAUCGGCAAGCUCCAGAUCCUCGUGGCCAUCGGCAUGCUCGAGUCGUACGGCGAGGGCGCCGGCAACCCGGAGGGCUACGUGCACUACUGCAACGGCGGCCUCCCGGGCUACUUCCCCCCCAUCGCCGGCCGCGCCGGUUUCGGCCAGGUUGGCUUCAACCUCUACGACCCCUUCAACUGGUUCGACUCCGCCUACCCGGGCAAGGACAAGGUACAGAGCCGUGUGCAAAUACGCCAUCGACGCGACGUCGUUUCCGUGACAGCGAGCAAUCUCCUCACCGAUUGGUUUCCUCGCAGGCCCGCGGGCGCCAGGUCGAGAUCAACAACGGCCGUGCGGCCAUGCUCGGCAUCUUCAUGAUGCUCUCGGAGUCGGCGGUCCCGGGCGCUGUCCCGCCGCUUACGCUCAUCAACUACAUCGUCGACGCGUCGGGCCUCACGGAGCUCAAUUUCCCGUCGAUCGACCUCCCGGUCAUCGGCACGGUGGGCGGCUGGGCGUUCCUCAACUCGUUCCCGUCCUACACGCCGUCCGACGACCUCUCCAUCGUCACGGCGCUGUCCCAGUUCUCGACGCCGGGCAACGCGCUCGCUCCUUAGGGAAUUUUUUGGGAAAAGGCGACCGCGCCGGUUGGGGGCGCGUAAUGUUGACCCAUCUUUACCUAGUCUU